AGCUGAGCAGCGGGCAGUGACCGCACCUCCGGUUGGCGGAACAUCCUGGCGGCCACCACCCGGUCCCAGCGGCGCCUGCUCCCCGCGCAAUGUUCGCGCUGGCGUCAGUCUGGCGCAUCGCCCGCCCGACAUUCCACCGCCUGGCAGUCCCUCCACCGGUGCCGCUGCAGCAGUGCUGGGACAUGGCCGGUUUAGCUAGUGUCGCGGACGUGGAGAUCGACCCCGACGGGGUGUUCAAAUACAUCCUGGUGAGGCUGAGCCGCAAGGGUGGCCCGGAGCACAAGGACAUCGUGCGGGGCACCAAAAGCGCAGAAUAUCACAAUCACAUCUUUGAAAAGCUGAAUUCUGAAAUGGAGAAACUGGAGCUGGAGUGCAAGUGUCUGGGAGGGGGAAAGAUUGAUCACAACAGCAAGCAGAAGAAAAUCCGAGUAUUUGGCCUUUCAACGGGUUUUGGGAAAGCAGAUCACUCCAUUUCUGUGGAAAAGUUGAAGACCGUGUACAAGGACUAUGAAAUUACUUGGUCAGAUGAUACCAAAUAAAAACGAAGAAUCUCUGGAUUAUUCUCCAUCAAGAAGAUUGAUGUAAAACCUUGUUCAAGUAGUUUGUGUUUCUGGAUGAGUUCAUUUUAUUUGUAGAAUUUGGUUGAGUUGUGAUGGUGCUAAGGGACUUUGCACACUUCAGCAUUCAACAGAGAUUGUAUAAAAUACACUUUGAGAUUCUUUGCCAAAUAAAUAACAUCUUGUGA